CGCUGCCGGUGGGCGCCGGGCGCGCGUCGCGGGCUGAGGCGGAGGGAGGGGGUAAGAUGGCGGCGCCCGUCCUGCUGCGAGUGUCGGUGCCGCGCUGGGAGCGGGUGGCCCGAUCCGCCGUGUGCGCGGCCGGCAUCCUGCUGUCCCUCUACGCCUGUCACCUGGAGCGGGAGAAGGGCCGCGAUCUCCACUACCAGGCCUUGUGCGACCUUAGCGAGAGGGUUCGCUGCUCCGCCGCCAUCACCUCCAGAUGGGGUCGAGGAUUCGGUCUGUUGGGUUCCAUCUUUGGGAAGGACAGUGCAAUAAAUCAGUCCAACAGUGUUUUUGGACUUGUGUUUUAUAUACUACAAAUGCUACUUGGUAUGACAGCAAGUGCAGUAGCAGCUCUAAUCCUCAUGACAUCCUCCAUAGUGUCUGUAGUAGGGUCUUUGUACUUGGCGUACAUUCUGUACUUCGUGCUGAAGGAAUUUUGCAUUGUCUGCGUCAUCACAUAUUUGCUGAACUUCAUUCUCUUUAUCAUCAACUACAAACGACUAGUUUAUUUGAACGAGGCCUGGAAACGGCAACUCCAACCCAAACAGGAGUAGCGCCUGUUCGAACUUGUGACUGACAGCCUGAAGACCCAACUUCCAUUAAGUUUAUUUUGCAGUAAUUUUUUAUUCUCCAUAUCAGACGCUUUCCCUGAGAUUCAUAACUGAAUUUUUAAUUAGAAAUUGGAAGGGGCCCUAGAUAAUUUUUUUUUUUUUUUUUUU